AUGCAUCAACAAGACGAAGAGUUUCUCGGAGAAAGAUACACUAGGCUUUUUAACUUUCUGAACAAAGUCGAAUCAGCAUGGAAGCAGCAGCUGCAGCAGGGUGGAACUCUCAUGCGGGAGUGGAAGGAGACGUGUUCGAUCAAUGGGAGGUGAUGGAGCAGCUCACUGCACAGCAAAUUGCAGACCUGCACCAAUCUGUCUCCUCAGAGAACCACCAUUCCCUGAUGUCCCCGGAGCCAGCGAACUCUCUCAACGCCAGAUUAAGUACCUCCUCCCCGAGCAUCCUUUCUUUCGGCAAACCUGAGAAUCAUGACAGCUUUGUUGGGGCGGCGAGUCCAAAGAAAGAGAUGGAUGUUCUGGCACAGUACGGGUCCAAGAGGCACUUUGAGACCAUGUUCGGGCAGCAGCAUCAGGCAUCCAACUUCGGAGUGAACGUGGUGAAGAAGCCGAGCUACAGCAACAAAGAGCACAUCAUCGCCGAGAGGAAGAGGAGGGAGAAGCUUAAUCAGAGAUUCAUAGCCUUGGCAGCUAUAGUUCCAGGCCUCAAGAAGACGGACAAGGCCUCUGUUCUCAGCGAUACCAUCAAGCACUUGAAACAACUCCAAGAGAAGGUGAGUUUCCUCGAAGACCAAACCGCGAAGAAGACCAUUGAGUCGGCUGUUUGGGUCAAGAAAGCUCAUCUACGUCACGAUGAUGGCAUCUCCGAAUUGCUUCCGAAGAUCGAAGCCAAGAUGUUCGAGAACACCGUCCUCGUAAAGAUUCAUUGCGAGAAGCACAAAGGUGUGGUAGUGAAAGCGCUUUCGGAGAUCGAAAAGAUCCAUCUAUCCGUCGUCAACACUAGCGUCAUACUUUUCACAAGUUCUUCCCUUGAUAUUACCGUGAUGGCUCAGAUGGAAGAGGGGUUCCACAUAACUGCAAAGGAUGUUGUGAAGAAGCUGAGUUCUGCUUUCAGACAGCCCCUUUGAAAGCACUUGUUGCAGGAAAGAUGAGCGAUCAUCUAUAAAAAGGCCAUAUGAUUUCCACAUCCAUUUUCUUGUUGCAAUUUUUCUAUGGUUGCAUGUUCAAGUUCUUGCUGAAACACCAGAAUCACUAUAAUUUUGAGGGAUGUUCUUGGAGUUUU